AUGAGAACUAUAGUUUGGAAUUGUCGAGGUUUGGGGAGACCCCUGACAAUUCACGCCGAACCUCAAUCCUGGCAUAGUAAAAGGCGGUUUAAAUACCAUGAACGUUGGUGUGGAGAAGAGGAUGUCAAGAGAAUUGUCAGUGAAGUGUGGAGAAUGGAAGUUGUAGGCUCGGCUAUGUUCUCCUUGGCCCAAAAGUUGAAAGUUUGUAGACAUAGACUAGUUCAAUGGCAGAAAACUCACAAAGCAAACUCCCAGAAAGAAAUUAAGGACCUUCAAGCUAAACUAGAGGAGUUGCGGGUGGCUGGAAUCAAUGGGGGAGAGGAGGUUACCAGUUUGGAAGAGAAGUUGGAGCUGGCAUAUUUGAAAGAAGAGAGCUAUUGGCGAGAAAAAUCUAGAAUCAAGUGGCUAAAACAAGGAGAUCAGAACACUAGAUUCUUUCACCAGAAAUUUCAAUCAAGGAUGCGAAGGAACAGAAUUUGGAGAUUAGUGGGGAGGGACAAUGAGAUUGCAUCGAAACCGGAGGAUAUUGCAAAGGCCAGUAGGCUGAUCCGAAUCCAUACUUAG